CAUGAACGUAUUACCUUUAUAUUCCAACCAAUAGCAAGGACUCUUAUAAAACAGGAACUAUGACGUCUUAAGCAAGCCAAAUAAUUUGGACUUAAUAUUCGUAAAUGCAAAUAGACUAACUAUUCAUCUCUUGCAAAAUGCUUCAAAAUAACAAUAAAAAUGUCUACGGGACAUAUUUUUUUAUAAAACUUGAUCAGAAAUAGUGGUGUUCUUGUUUUUAUCGUAACUGACCAAUGAGAAACAGCUUUAUAUUCAUAAGAAUGACGUAUCUUCUAGUAGAGUUCUAAGUAUGAUUUUGUAAAAAUAAGACGACCAAAAAGUAACUGUCAGUAGUAAUUAUGUAUUUUCUAUGGGAGUAUAACCUAAAAAAUUCAUCAAAUUUAAUCAGUUGUUUAAAGAUUUUUGAGAAUUUUUUUGUGAGACAAACAGGGAUUAUAAAUCAAGCUUUGUGAUUGGAUAGUUGAUUUUCACCAAUAGAAAUAUUUGUUGUAUCGAUUUAAUGACGAUUAUGACGUCACGGUUGCUUCGAUAAUAUUUAGUGUUCGUAGCAACGAGAAGAGGCCAUCUUGGAAACAAUGAUUUGUUGAUGGAAGAAAUCGUCUGAUUUUCUUCGAAAUUUCCUUUCUGAAAGCCCAAUAUAGCUCUCGAACUCAACAUCAUGUCGGAAACUUUAGCCGAGACUCGCCUUCAGCUUCAAAAUGCCGAAAGUUCUAUUUUAUUUAUGCAACAAGAACACGCACAAACCUUGCGAGGCCUUUAUUCGGAGAUCAGCAAACUCCAGAAAAAGUGUGGAGAGAUGACUUUUAAGUUGGCGAUGAACGAUACAAGUUCGACAGAUGAAGCACAACUCCAAAAAGAGGACUCUGAAACAAAAGAAACAUUAAAAUUGCUAAGAGCAGAGAAUGUAGACCUUAAAACUAUUAUUGAUACUGGAUACAAAAGAAUUGUGCUGUUGGAGAACCAGGCCAAGGGAUUCGAGCAAAAAUACAACAGGGAUAUGAAGGAACGAGACUCUAGGAUUGCAUAUCUUACUAAAGAACUUAAUACUAAGUCUGAUACUAUAGCUUAUCUUACAAACCAGUUACAUCAGAUGAAGUUAAAAGAGGCUUCAAAGAAACAGGAUCAAGCAUCUCGGGGAAGUCAACGACAUCAGAGAAAAGUAGAAAGUACCAGUGUAGGAGAAGCGUCAUCAUCUCAUGACACAGCUUUGAGUAAUCUUGAGGCUGCACCACCAACACCUCCGAUUACUCCUUCGCCUCCUUCACAAGGUGCCCCAACACGGGUCCGUAGACCUUUUAGAAGAUCAGCAACAACUCCAACACCCACAGACUUGAAUAUACAAAAGUCCAAAUCUCAAAGAGCUAUUGGUAUUCAGGCUUCACCUCAUGAAAUACGUCUAAAUGUAUCAUCGGCAAAAACAAAUAAAGGACUACCUUCUCGACCAAAACGAGGUGUUUCUCCUUCCAGACCUGGGAUAGGCAUCGCAAAGAAUCCUUCAAGAUCUGGUGGUAAAGAGAGACCCCCAGCUGAUGAAUAUGUGGAAUUCCUGAGAACUGGAGUGCGCCCUGAUCCACAAGUUGUCGUUCGAGCUGCUCCAGAGCCCCUCCCACCUAUCUCAGCCACAGAUAUGCACCUUAAAAGAACACCAAGUUAUAACGGCAUAUCAAGAGGGUCAACCAAAAAAGUUCAAGAUGAUGUUGGAAAGAUUGUUGUUCCACCUCUCGGCUCACCUGAAAAAGGCUGGCGACAUAAAGAACAGUCACCCCAAUCCAACAGCUCAAAGAUGUAACAGACUUCAAAAUAUUAUGCUUAGAUUUAUUUUGUACAUUAAUAUAUUUAUUUCUCUGUGUACAGGAUGUUUUCUGCUUAUAACAAAAAUUUAAUGUAAAUAGGACUACUAUAUCUACUGGGUGUAAUUUUGGUCAAGUUUUCAAAACUUUAAAAAUUCUAUACAUUUUUGCACAAACUAAAAAUGUUAGUGUCUUUUUCUUUAAAAAAAAACUAAAACUAGAUAUCUACCGGUAAUUGAUAUUGUCUAUUGAUCAUAUAAACUUUCAUUGUCCUAAAACCAUAGGUCUGUUUCAGGCUUUAUAAAAAAUAGUUUUACUUUGACAAUCAGUAGUGAGUUUGUAUAUUAACAGUGAAUAGUACAUAUUAUGUUAUUAAAAUCAUUCUUUGAAUUA